AAAAGGAAAGCGCAUGGACAAAAAAAAAAAAAAAAGAAAACGGAACUUUGCUCCAAACAGGAACUGGGUUGGAAACACUUUCGUCCUCCGUGAUUUGUGUAGAUUAGAAUAAUCUUCGGUCCAAACAGUUUCCAGGAGCAGAAAAGAUGUCUGUGACCAUGAGCAAGACCGACGGGGUGACUGUGUUCACCCUGACCUCUGACCCUGAUAGCCCCUGGCCUCCUCUGUGUCAGAUCCUGAAGAGUCUGUGCUACAGCCCGGUGUGCUGCUCCGUGUCCCAGAAGCUGAGGGCAACCCAGAGGACGUCUCUGUCUGUGCUCGGGGCAAUUCACAUCAUGAUUGGCCUGCUUAAUAUUGGCCUCAGCAUCAUCGUGACAGUGACAUACAAUUCUCCUUGGUAUCUGGAAUCCUAUUACCCUGUCUGGAUGGGAUCUCUGUUCAUUGUGUUCGGGAUCGUGUGCCUUCUGUCUGAGAAGUUUCCGAGUCCAUGCCUGAUCGUCCUCAAUGUGAUUUUCAACAUUGCUGGAGCCGCUAUGGCAAUUGCUGCCAUUGUGCUCUACAGCAUAUAUGAGGGAGAUUUUCGCGCCUGGUAUCCCUGUGAGGAGAACGAAUACUACUACGACUACCGGCGAUAUACAACCACAGCACCAAGUCCAGGCUCUGAAUACAUCAAGCAAAGAUGCCUGGAGAAUAGAGCUGUGUACACAAUGCUGAUUAGAGGCAUGGUUGGCAUCCUGAUCGUCCUGUCAGUCGUGGAGGUUUGUGUCGCCAUCAGCUCUGCUGUGUUGGACAUCAAAACUCUGAGACGCAGCAGACAGAAGCAGGAGAAGGCCUCAGGUGACCCAGAGCUUUACAAUCCGCUGCUGGAGGAAGUCACCAUCCAGCCUGCAGCCUGAACAUCUUCAGCUUUAAUCCAGCAGUUCUGGUCUCUGAUGGGAUUAAAAGCCGCAUCAAUUAUUCAAUAACAUUUCUAAACAUUUAGCAUAUUUUCUCCAAGUAAUGCUUUUCUAUUGCCUUCUGCACUUUCAUUUAAAUCUGUGCUAAUUUAUUCCAGCAGAUUUUAAUCAUCAAUGUGCAUUCUGAGUUUGACUUUUUUUUUUAUGUUGAUGUAGUUGUAGCUUUGCACCACUUAACCAAAACAGCAAAUUAAACCAGUUAUGAAAACA